UGAUGUAUAUUCGGCGCCCGGAUGGUUGGCAUGGAUUUCAUCGGAUGGCGUAUUGUGCAUCCCUUGCUGAAGUCUGACGACGGGAUGUGGAGGCAUGGGAGCGACCCAUUUAAUCCCGAUUUGUGGAGUUGUGAUGCGUCUUAUGUGGGCCUUAUGCCUUGCUUCAGAACCCAACGGCGCCAACUCUGUGACAACGAAGAGGCAAAGGCAAUUGGAGCCCUCUCGCAGCUCCCUAUUCGUCGCGCGUCACCUGGAGGGAAUGGGCAGUCGACGGGCAAGCCGAGGGCUGAGUCCAGCGGUGAGUCGGGAACCCACUUUUUGUCGGAAGAGAAGCUGUGAUAUCUGUGUUGUUGUUUUUCUACGUGGAAGGAAGGGAAAAGAGGCCGAAGGUGGGCGAAAAGGGGCGGGCAGCAUUCUCACACGACACCGAGUCAUUAAUCUGGGUAUUGUUCUGGAGGCAUCCAUGGCGGGAAAGCAGGAUCUCUUUUUUGCUGUCUUGGCAUGCAGCUGAGCCUGCUGAAGAGGAUGGAGACUGGCGAGCCGUCAAUGCAAACCUGGAAUGAUGUCGAGUGUCGACCAUCCGAAGCUCGCCAAUUCAUGCGCGCAUGCUACAAUAGCAGGUUGCAUGCCUUUCAGCUCUGGUGUUCUUGAACUCGGGGUUCCGAACAUGGUGGAAGAACUGGGUAAAGAUACAGUAGGGCGUCGCCCGACAUGUACGAUGUGGCUCAAUCAGCCUA